UAUAUAGUUCGAUAAAAAAGAAAAGAAAAAUGAAAUCGCAUCUCUAUAGACACUAAAAGUUAACUGUAUACUUAACCAUUAAUUGCAUAAGGAACUAUCGUACAAAAAAUAAUUUCAGUUAUCAGCGUGAUUUAUUAACGCCAAACGGAUAGAGUUCUAUCAUGGCAUUUUUCCAAUUGGUUCUGAAAGCCAACAAAUUGGAAAAACUGAGGCAAAGUUAUGAGGAUGAAAAACUGGCAUCGAUUGAGAUUUCCAAGGGUAUCGUCAAACCUGUGUAUACUUUGAAGCAGCAAAUUCGUCGAAGAAAAAUAUGGUUUAAGAAGAAGGUUACACACCUCUUAGACAAAAUCUUUGCUAUUUUAAGAGAUUCUUGGAUACAUAAAAAGAUUGUUGUAAUUCGUACCGAUGGAACAUUGGAAAAUUACAUAGCAAAAAGCUUUGCAGGAUUCGUUGGUGGAAUAUUCUUGACGUACAUAUUUUUCAUAUUUUUCGUUUUUCAAUUGCAUUUUAAGCUGUCGUCUGCGACGUUCCUCUGUACAAUAAUAGGAAUAAUUCUCACUCUUGGUCUUGCAUUUUCUUUCCAAGUCCGAUGCGUUGUGUUUCUUCUCUUGCCGCAAUUUUUCUCGAAACGCGGAAGGCAAGCUUUAAUGGCGUACGCGUUUAUUUUAGCUUUAACAGGACCAGUGAAGAAUACUAUGCACAACAUCGGUGUACUUUCAGAGUCACUAGCCUGUGCGCAAGAACAGUUAAAGGAAGCGGUAAAGACCGUCAUAGAUUUAGCAAAACAACCGUUUUACGCUUUGCGAGAAGCAAUAUCGAAAGUCAUAAAGACGAUCAAAGUGGUCGUAAAGAAGAUUAAACAGACUCUAAUUGCGAUUAAAAGAGUCGUUCUUAGCAUACUUAGAGUUAUCACUGCGGUAUUCGAAUGGCUGGGAAGUAUCAUAAGUAUAUGUAACAAAAAGUUGGGCACACCUUUCGACAGGUGCCAAAGCGUUUUUGAAGGAGCAGUGGCGGAUUGCAAAGCAAAAUUGGGUCCAAUUUUUGGAUUGGUUUGCAACGUAACUUACGUAGUCAGUAGUCUGUGUUACAUAGUGAAGCCACUGGACUUCAUUUGCAUGCUUGUUUCCUAUAUCGCUGACAGCGUAGUUGGUGUCGUAAGGAGCAAAAUUAAGAAGUUCACGAUGCACAUGAAAGCGAUGUUCUACGUUAAAGUUAAGUUCUCCCAUUCGUUUCAUUUCGAAACGAACCAAAGCAGGACGAUACAAGACGUGUCCACGAGUAUUACUACAGAAAUACGCUCCAGAACAGACAAACUCUUUGGUUUCUUCGAUUUCAUGAAUUUCAUCACGUCCUUUUUCAUGUUCUUUAUCAUACUCAGAGUGUUACGCUAUCGUUACAAAUGGUUAACCAGCGAGCGUUUCGACAAUCGAUACAUAACCGACGAUCUACGUACCAUCGAUUUGAUAAGAACACGUCAAGACAAGGAGACAGUUUUGCCACUGAAUCGACGCGAACGAAACAAAUACGUACCGCUCUCUUCCGUCAUAUUAAUAAAAUCCGAAAGAACAAAAUUAUCAAAGUCUAUCAUAUUCUUAAGCCUAGCUACGGUCAAACUUAUCACGUACAUGUUGAUAGAUUAUUGUCUUUAUUGGGUACUGAACACCAUACAACUUUACGGACGAUUUCAAAGCAAAGUCGAACGACCAAACAUGGUAACUAUUCACGUAUCGGGCGAUGGGUAUUUAGCUGACCUUUAUAAAAGUAUCGUAAAAGCAUUCACGCCACACGGACAGGGAACAGAAAUCGAUACGAUGCUUUGUCUUCCGGAUCCUGUAACACCGGAUUUCGAUAAAUACACUCAGAUUCUCGUUUUGAUCUUUCUCUGUUGGCUGAUGGCAUUUUUCGAACCUUACGGUUUACGAAUGAGACAGGUAGUCAUGUGUCAGUAUUAUCCCGAGAGAGCAAAGCAGAGGGCAGCUUGGUUGUACAAUUACAUCAUCAGGUCAAGGGGCAAUUUUUUGAAGUUUGCUAGACGCCAAUUGCGCCGAAAAUUUGGCCUGACCGAAGGGGAAAAAAUCGAGAAAGUGACUUUAAAAGAGAAAUUGUGGGCCACGUUUCCCUUAUUGAAUAUAUUUUUCCCAUCGAAACAAAAAGCGUGUCUUCUGUGUGGCACAGUGGAACGUGACGAGGAUCCGCAUGUUAAAUGUCCAACUCCUGGUUGUAUUGGCCUAUAUUGUACGCAAUGUUUCGCGGAUUUGCAGAAUUUGUGCACCAUUUGUCGGUCACCGAUGGACUAUGGUGACUUAUCCGACAUGAGUGAGGAGAAAAAUAUUAGAGACUCUUCGGAAGAUCAAUUUGAAAUACCAAGAAGAGCGUUGCUAAAACCUGAAUUGAAAUUGGAAGAAGAAGAAGAUAAAAUAAAGGAUGAGGAAGGUAAAAUGAUGGGAGAAGAAUACGAAGCAAUGUUAGGCGAAGAAUAUGAAACUGAAGAGGAAGAGAUGUUAGAUAAAGAAUAUGGAGCUGAAGAUGAAGAGAUGUCAGGUGAAGAAUAUGAAGUGGAAGAUGAAGAGACGAUGGGUGAAGAAUAUGAAACUGAGGAUGAAGAAAUGUUAGGUGAAGAAUAUGGAGAUGGAAAGAUAUUAGAUACAGAAUAUGAAGGUGAAGAGAUAUUAGGAGAAAAAUACGAAAAUGGAAGGGUAAUAGAGGGAGAAGAAGAAGAAGAAGAAGAAGAAGGAGAAGAAAGAGCAAUGAAAAUGAUAGCAAAAAAAGAAGGAAAGAUAGAAGACAAAGAAGAGAUAAAAGUAAAGAACGAGAAAAAAGAAAACAAACUAAGAGCCGAGCAGGCAGAGAAAAUGGAAAGAGACGUCGGUGAACAGACGGAUGAUAAAUCCUUGGAAGAUCUGGAUCAAAGUACCGAAUACAGUUACACGUAUCAAGAUGAAUCUCCUGAGGAAGUCGAAAUCGAGAAAACGAGGAAACGAUUCAAAGACGUGGAAGCACAGAAAAUUCGAGACGACGUAACAAUCCAAAUAUUCAACCAACCGUUCGUAAAAGAAUCGAUCUCGGGCAGUGAAUCACCAACUUCUGGCUUCGUUGUGAGGGCACGUAGAAAAGUUCGUGCCAAAUUAAAAAAGCGGCCGUUUGCCGAGGUGAGAGAUUCGGAUUCAUCAAGUUCGAUUGCCGACACGGAAUCCUGGCCGAGUGAAGAUGUCGACGAAGAAGAAGUAAUACACAUAGAAAUAGACGGCGAUUCGGAAGAAUUACUUCCGAAGGAUAGAAGGAAACUAGGUCGUAUAAAUAGAAUCGUCGAUGCAGUUGCGAGAAUUCCUUGGCUCGGUAAAGGAGAGAAUGACGAGAAGACACGCAAAGGAUUGCAGAGGAAACGUCCAUCCCUUAUGAAUAAGAUUGUCAAUAUGCUUCACAGAAAGCAAUCAAUACCAAUCCGAUCGUAUAAAAAAGUUAGAAGGACGAAGGAUUCCUCGCCCUCUUCUUCCUCCUCGUCUGACGAGGAAAACGAGAGUCUGCUAAAAGUGCAAGACAGAGACACUGAUAGUCCGUCACACUUGGCUAGAAGGAGAAGUAGAAAGACAACAACGGAAGAUACUUCUGAUGAAACUCUAACUAGGAGGCUGUCGUAUGAAAAGAAUUUCCAGACGAAGCCAUUACCAAGGUAAUGUUGUAUAAAAAAUGAAAGACUAUAAUUAUUUUUAAUUU